AUGCCACUCACAGGUGUCUUCUUCAUACCCUCUAAUCCAAAUGCCUCCACUGCUCUAGCCACAAUUACAGAGCGCCUCAGCUUGGCCUUUGCGGAAGAGCCAGCUCUCCUCGGACGCUGGGGCCUCGAGCACAAAUUGAUGCGAGACACACCAUCGUGUCUACCCCCGUCAGCUUCACAGCGCCAAGCCACUCCCAAAUUUAUGCAGUUUCUAUCUCUGUCCCACUACCCUCAUGGGUUCAUAUACGCCUCUCAGCCAUCAGACAGUGGCAAUGCCCCUAGUGGUGCUAGCGCUACGAGUUCACAGUCCUCACAAACGACGACGGCCACAACGCCGAUGAUCAUGACGACCGUCCCGCACCAAUCGACUGCUUCUCUGUAUCAGCAUUUCGUGUACGCCUGCCAGCCUUUCUGGGCGCCCAGACACACCGUCACCGUGCAAAGCGGGAUGGUGUAUGAAAUCGGUGAUUUUCGAGUCCGGGUUGGCGACGUGCGACAGACGCAGCCUGCUGUGCGGGUGCGAGGUACGGUCGUUGAGAUUGAAUGGCGCGGUCCAUCGUUGGUUUCUACCUUAUCGGCACUGUACCAGUCGAGAAAGCAAAGGACGGGCGGGGCAUCAGGUUUAUAUUCAUGGGACGAGGGAGAGGAUGAAGAAAAUGACGAUUUGGGUCAUGGAAUGCCCUUACCUGACGGGGUGGAGGAGGCAGAUAUCGACACGGAGUAUGGGGUCACUGCCUCAUUGAUUAGGGAGUUCUGGGCGACGCUGGGGGUGGAUGGGGCGAGGGAGGCUAUACUUGUGCCGGAUAUUGGAAAGGAGGUGAAGCGGCGCUUAUACGAGCUGAAGCAGCAAGGUAAGCAAGCGUCUGGCCGGCCAGGGAAGGACGACGAGGGUGCACAGCCAGCCGACGAAGAUCCUGACCCGGACGCUGGGGUAGACGUGGCAAGGCAAUAUAUGGAGAUCUUUAGGUUCAACCGAUGA